CUCGUAUCAGUGCAAAAGCGAAUUUUGACGGCACAACGCGUUAGGUCCAAGUGUCAAUUGUGUAAAUAAAAAACUUUAAAUUGUGCAUAAGUUAAGGAUAAAAUAAUAGAAAAUAUGGACAUGAGUAACCCAAGUCACAGUGGUUACAGUACGAGUGACGCUUUACCGUUCAAUAUACCUACUAACCUUAUUAACAAUUCCGGACCAGGUGAGGAAACUGGGAAUCCAGUGCCACCUGACCCUGGCAGCUCUGAAGAACCCAAUGAUCCUUCAUCCAUAAAGUUCGACCCCGAUUCUACGAUUUACGACUUGUCAGGAAAAAAGGAAAUGAUAGUUUUUACCAACACUCGUUAUGAUAAGAAGUUCUAUGGAUCUCAUAUCUACAGAAGGCGACCCCCCGAUCACGGAGGUUUUGAAGAAGACUUUGAAAUAUUGGACGAUGCGUUUAGCAGUUUUGGGUUCAAAUUAAUCCAGCAUAAAAAUAAGACCUACCUCGAAAUCAUAGACAUUAUUAAUGAAAAAAUUACAAAAGAUCAACCAUGGAUAUCGUGUUUGGCUUUCGUGAUCAUGACACACGGCAACUGGAAUGGAGAACUAGGAGCUUACGACCGUUAUUAUGAACUGAAGAAUAUUUAUGAAUUAUUUGAGAAUGCGCACAUUUCUCUAACUCAUAGGCCGAAACUGUUUUUUAUUAAGGCGAAGCACUUUGAAUUCACUUUCAUUCCUGCAAUUGAAUCCGGUAGACAAAUUGAAGACUGCCCUUUUGGAAGAACAGCAGCUGAUGACAAUAGAACAGGAAGACUGGUCCAUACGGCCUCACACGUCGAGUUCCUUCAAGCGAUUUCAAUAAUGGAAGAAAAUAUAUCCGAGUCAGUUGAUAGCCGAUCUUGGUUUGUGCGUGAUUUCUGCGACGUUCUGCAAGCACACCACCACGAGAUGGACAUCAGCCAGAUGCUGACGAGAACCACCAACAAAAUGGCGUUCAGACCAGUCGAAAAUUCAUCACCACCGCAUUCUCUUCUCAGAGGGCCACCAAAGACUACAUCUACGCUGACUAAAUUAUUAGUAUUCGAUAGCGUGCUUCCUUAUUUCAAUAAAAAACACGACCUACUCAGACAUUGCAGUGUUAGAAAUAUAACCGUCCCCACUUCGAAAAUUAUUUUACGUCAAGACUCUGUUGUGCUGCAGCUACUCUGCCAGCGAGCUCUGAUUUACAAAUUUUAAAUCUUAUGAGAAACUGACUUCUGUGUACAUAAAUGUAUAACUUUUCUAACUAAAGGUAAUAAAAAAUAAAUGAAAUGUAAAGGUAAUAAAAAAUAAAAGACAGUUGUAAACCUUAUUUUCAAAAGUACAAAAUUCUACCUUUGCCUUGUAUCUACAUUUUAAAUAUUUGUAAAUUUGUCCGCUCCCACUUUGAGUUUUUUACCAAACGCGAAGAAUCAUGUCCACAACAUAAUUUGAGAAAUAAAAAUAAAUUAAAAAUACCAACCAUCCGCCUAAAUUUAUCUUAAAUAUGGCCAUAAAAAUAUACAACAAAUUGCCCGAUCAUUUAUUAAAAGAAAAUAAUAAUAGUAAAUUCAUAACAGGACUAAAAAAGCUAUUAACUACGAAAUGCUAUUACACCAUAAAAGAAUAUUUAGACGAUAAAAUUCAUUAGCGAUGUACCUAAACUAUAAUUUUCUAUCUAUGAUAAAAAGAAGCCUCCUCUCUUAUAAAUUUUUAGUUUGAAGCGCCCAACAGGGUCCUUAAUGAUCUCCAAAUAUAACUAUGUAACACUUAA